UAUCACUUUCAUGGGUGAAAGGGAACCUGUCGAAUGUUUUGGUAACAACAGAAACCACAGAAGGAUUUCUUUCUUCCCCCAGCACUGAAAACUCUUGCAAAAUGCACGCUUCAGCUGCUCCUUGGAGCCCUCCCCUGCGAUUCUCAUUGAAAAGAGAUGGGUGUGGCAGAUCGAGGGGAGGGUUUCCAUGUUGGUAAGUAAAGACAUGACUACAUUACCUUCCUUUAGGACGUGCCCACUUCUGUCAAAGGUGGCAGAGGAGCAGAUCUUGCCAAGAGCCAGAUCAGAGGGAUCCCUGUCAAGUCCAGGAGCAAGAAGAAGGGGCCAAUAUACCCACUGAGCCAUUCAGCAGUCUGGACUUUACAACAAGGUCUUUGCAGUCAUCCAGAACGUAUCUGAUGCAGAUUCAUGCCUCAUCAGUGGCUGAGCGAGUGGAAGUGACCUGGCUCCUCAACAUUGUGCAAAGAGACUAUCAGAAUGACUGAUGCUGAAGCCGACAUGGGACUUCCUACGAUUGAACAAAAACCCGGUCUCCAGAUAUGGACCAUAGAGAAAAUGAAAAUGGUGCCUGUUCCUGAGAAGGCCUAUGGGAGCUUCUUUGAAGGGGACUGUUACAUCAUCUUAAAUAACACAAAAACGCGGGCCGGAUUUGCCACCGACUUGCACUACUGGAUCGGGCGUGACUCCUCUCAGGACGAACAGGGGGCAGCUGCGUUCUACGUGACUCAGCUCGACGAUCUGCUUGGUGGGAACCCUGUGCAGCACCGAGAAGUGCAAGGGCAUGAGUCAGCAGCCUUUAAAAGCUAUUUCAAGAAAGGCAUCAUCUACAAGAAGGGAGGCAUUGCUUCCGGUUUCAAGCAUGUGGAGACCAACAUGUACAAUGUCAAACGCCUUCUUCAUGUCAAGGGGAAGAAGCAUGUGACAGCUACAGAGGUGGAUCUUUCCUGGAACAGUUUCAAUAAAGGUGACGUCUUCCUGUUAGACCUUGGCAAAGUGAUUAUCCAGUGGAAUGGCCCCUUGUGCAAUAUUGCAGAGAAAUCUAAGGGAAUGCUCUUGGCACGAAGCAUCCGCGAUGGCGAGAGAGGCGGGCGCGCUCAGAUUGGCAUUGUGGACAAUGAGAAGGACUCCCCUGACCUCAUGCAGAUUAUGAAAGCAGCCCUGGGCGAGAGGCAUGGAGAGCUGAGAGAGGCUGUCGCGGAUGAGAAAGCUGACGAAUUUCAGAAAGCCAACGUCCGCCUUUACCAUGUUUAUGAAAAUGGCAAGGACUUAGUGGUCCAAGAAAUUGCUACAAGGCCCCUUACACAAGACCUUCUGAGGCAUGAGGACUGUCACAUUUUAGACCAAGGUGGUUUUAAAAUUUAUGUUUGGCGAGGAAAAGAUUCCAGCAAAGAAGAAAAGAAAGCCGCCUUCAGCCGAGCAGUGGGUUUCAUCCAAGCCAAAGGGUAUCCCGCCACUACAAACAUAGAAGUCAUAAACGACGGAGCAGAGUCCGCCAUUUUUAAACAGCUCUUCCAGAAGUGGACAGGAAAACAUGAGACUCAAGGACUCGGCAAGGCUUACAGCAUUGGCAAGAUUGCCAAGGUGGAUCAAGUUAAAUUUGACAUCACUCAGCUGCAUGCUCAACCCGAAUUAGCCGCUGAGCAACGAAUGGCAGAUGAUGCCUCUGGGAAAGUUGAGGUGUGGAGGAUUGAGGAUCUGGAGAUGGCCCCAGUAAAUCCCAGGACCUAUGGCCAGUUUUAUGGUGGAGACUGUUAUCUGGUGUUGUACACCUACACAAAAUCAGGCAGACCUCAUUACAUUAUCUACAUGUGGCUUGGCCGCCAUGCUUCAGUCGAUGAAAUUACAGCUUGCGCCAUCAAUGCUGUGGAGUUGGACAGGAGAUACAACGACGAACCUGUGCAAGUUCGAGUGACCAUGGGGAAGGAGCCCCGACAUUUCCUGGCUAUCUUCAAGGGAAAUUUGAUCAUUUAUGAGGGAGGCACAAGCCGUGCUGAGAAGACUGAGCCAGAGCCAGCUGUCCGGCUUUUCCAAGUGAGGGGCACCGAUGAACUCAACACCAAAACCAUUGAGGUCCCAGCCCGAGCUUCCUCUCUCAACUCCAAUGAUGUCUUUCUCCUCAGGACCAACCAAGUGUGCUACUUGUGGUGUGGGAAGGGAUGCAGUGGAGACGAACGAGAAAUGGCUAAGAACGUGGCUGACAUCAUCUCCAAACGGGACAAACAAACCAUUCUGGAGGGUCAGGAGCCAGCAGAUUUUUGGGCUGCUUUAGGAGGCAAAGCUCCUUAUGCCAGUGAUAAGAGGUUCCAAGAAGAGGUGACCCACUACCAGCCCCGCUUGUUUGAGUGCUCCAACCAGACCGGACGGUUCAUCAUGACGGAGGUAGUGGACUUUUGCCAGGAUGACCUGGAUGAGGAUGAUGUCAUGCUACUGGACACCUGGGAAGAGAUUUUCCUUUGGGUUGGCAAGGCUUCCAACAGCUAUGAAAAGAGUGAGGCCAUUUCUUCAGCCAAAGAGUAUUUGAAGACCCAUCCGGCAGGAAGAGAUCCAGCCAUGCCAAUCAUCAUGGUGAAACAAGGCCACGAACCUCUGAACUUCACUGGCUGGUUUGCUGCUUGGGACCCGUAUAAAUGGAGUGAUGGCAAGACUUAUGAGGAGAUGAAGAGCAGCCUUGGAGAUGUAUCAGCUAUAUCAGAGAUCACAGUGGAUCUGAAAAAUGCCAACUUGAGCAAUAAGAGCACCAGCAAUAAGCCUACUGCCACCACUCCAGUCAUUUCAAGCACUGGAACAACAUUGCCAGCUCACCAACCACACCCUGAUGCCAGCAGCAAGAGCUACAACAACAAUGCUCCUUUGCUUAAGACCAGUGGAAACGGCGUGUUUGCUAGAGACCUGUUGAUCAAUAAGGCGAUAGAUGAACUUCCAGACGGUGUGGAUCCCACCCAAAAAGAGCACUACCUGUCUGAUGAAGAUUUUUAUGACAUCUUUGGGAAAACCAAGGAUGAGUUCUACCAGAUGCCCAAGUGGAAGCAGCAAAAUGAGAAGAAACAAUAUGGACUUUUCUGAGCAAAAGAAGGCACAUCCCGCCCGACACAACAUUUUCCUGGCUGCUUGGAACUCAUUGCGGGGGCAACUUGGUACAUGUCGAAGGAAGACAUGUUUGGAGGAAAUGCACUUGCAUCCACAUUGUGACAUUUUAAGAAACUAACACAUAUACACUAUCUCCUGGAAUCAGUACUGAGAAAGAAAGGCUUGGUUUGGUAAAUUAUCUUUCCCUCUUGGUGACCCUGAAUAUGGUAAUUCUGUUUUUGCUGCGAUCCUAUCAAUCACUUGCAUGAGGAAAAUUGUGUGAACAUUUUCCCUUACGUGAGUGUGUUUAGAAAUUCAGCUGUCCCAUGCGAGGAUACAAAAUGGGACAGAGGGUUCUGGGUAAGGGGCAGUAGCAAAUAAUGAGUGCAUCCGCACCACACAUCUAUAGCACUUUGAUUCCACUUUAACUGCCAAGGCUCCAUCCUAUGGCAUCCUGGGGAUCAGAAUCUAGUGAGGUACUUAGCAUUCUCCACGGUGCUCCCUUGAAUUAAUAGAGCAUUACAGUUCUUUGGUGUCUCAGAAAACUACAAAGCUCAGGAUUCCCUACAGUACCUGUCUGGACAAUUCAAGUGGUGUGAGUAAUGUGGAUGCACCCAAUGUUUAUUAUUUUCCUUAUUUCAAACAGAAAUAUCUUAUAAGUGCUGGGAAACCAAGCAUAUACAAGAUAUGUGGAAAUUACAAAACAACAUGAACAGGAAAUGUAUAGAAGUCCGUGUCUAGUUCUAGAAUGUCUGACAUUACGGGAGGGAAAUAGUAAAACUCAUUCAGCCUUUACUCAGUCCCUCAGGCCAGAGAACUACAGAGAGGAGAGGAUCCUGAGGGGGAUAGCACCCAGUUAUGUGUGUUUAGUUGGGAAUUCAUCACAAGGAGAACUAUGUCUUUUUCACUGUAUGCCACUUUCCCCCACUUUGUCAUUCUGCCAGCUUAGUCAUGCAAAU